AUGAUAUCGAAAAAAGAAGAGAAGCCAAAAGUGGCUGCGGAAGUUGACGACGAUGAGCCUGACGACUGGGACAAGCGGAUCUUCAGCACUGGUUGUGCAGUGGAGCAAGACAAGUUGAAUGAAUGCUACUGGGCUAAAAAGGACUGGAGGAGCUGUAAGAAAGAGAUGGAGCGUUUUCGCGAGUGCUGGAAGCGACAGGGUAACGACGAACGCACCGAGACCAAGGACGCCUGA